AGGGAUUGAAGCCGGGUCACCUUUAAGGAGCUUGGAAGGAAGUGUUUGGCCUUGGUAACGGUGUCGCGAUGUGGUUCGAGAUUCUCCCCGGGAUCGCCGUCAUGGCCGCGUGCUUAUUCAUCCCGGGAAUGGCCACUGCACGCAUCCACAGGUUCACUAACGGGGGCAAGGAAAAAAGAGUUGCCUAUUAUUCAUAUCAGUGGAAUUUGAUGGAAAGAGAUAGGCGCAUCUCUGGAGUUAAUCGUUACUAUGCGUCAAAGGGUUUGGAGAACAUUGAUUAAGGAAGCAUUUUCCUGAUUGAUGAAAAAUAACUCAGUUAUGCUUGUCUACCCCUGCUAGAAGGUUAUGCAGUGUAUUGUGUAGCAUGCAGUGUAUUUUGUAGUGUGUAAUAAAAAUAAAACAAAAAAGUAAAAUCAGA